AUGUCUGUCGCACCAAAACGUACGGCCGAGUUGCUGUGGCUAGAGCAGCAGCGGGCGAGGCAGUAUGAACAGCAUCGGAAACGUGUGGAGCAACAGAAACCAUGUGUCGACAACAAGACUCCCCGAAAUCUAAGCUUGAGCAACAAGCGCGCCCUCAUGGAACAAGAACGACGAAAAUGCAUUGACGAGGAAAACAGACGGUUAGUUGUGAAUAUGUCCGCUAUUAUGGAACGUGGAGGCGGCAUCGACAACAAGGAACCUUGGCGUCGUACCAACGGCCCCCGCGACGCAGAAAUUCGUCGGAGAAGAGAACAGCAAAAGCUUGCGGAGGAGAACUUAAAAUUACUUCACCGUUUAGAGAACGUCAAGCCUGUGUAUCGCCUUGAAAAGUGGGAAAUGGAGCGAGAUGAAAACGAGAUACUCGUCGACCGAAUCAGCCGCUACCCGUAUAUACCAAUGAAUAGAAGGAAGGGCGUGGGUGAGUAG